AUGAGCGCCAGCACAGGCGGUGGCGGUGGGGGGGACAGUGGUGACGGAAGCAGCAGCAGUUCGCAGACCUCCUAUGGGCCCGGGUCCUCGGGCUCAGAACUAGCCCCGGCCACAGCACCCCCCCGGGUGUUGCAGGGGCUCUUGGGCUCAGAUGAUGAGGAACAGGAAGACCCCAAGGACUACUGCAAGGGUGGCUACUACCCGGUGAAGAUCGGGGAUCUGUUCAAUGGGCGGUACCACGUGGUGCGCAAGCUGGGCUGGGGCCACUUCUCCACUGUCUGGCUUUGUUGGGACAUCCAGCGCAAGCGCUUUGUGGCCCUGAAAGUGGUGAAGAGCGCAGGGCAUUACACGGAGACAGCUGUGGAUGAGAUCAAGCUCCUGAAAUGUGUGCGAGACAGUGAUCCUAGUGACCCCAAAAGAGAGACCAUUGUUCAGCUUAUUGAUGACUUCAGGAUCUCGGGGGUUAAUGGCGUUCAUGUGUGCAUGGUGCUGGAGGUCCUGGGCCACCAGCUCCUCAAGUGGAUCAUCAAGUCCAACUACCAGGGGCUGCCCGUGGCCUGCGUCAAGAGUAUUGUGAGGCAGGUGCUGCAUGGCCUGGACUACCUUCACACCAAGUGCAAGAUCAUUCACACAGACAUCAAGCCCGAGAACAUCCUGCUGUGCGUUGGCGAUGCCUACAUCAGGCGCCUGGCUGCUGAGGCCACUGAGUGGCAGCAAUCAGGUGCCGCCCCGCUGUCCCGCUCCACAGUCAGCACCGCCCCCCAGGAGGUCUUGCAGACUGGUAAGCUGUCCAAAAACAAGAGGAAGAAGAUGAGGCGCAAACGCAAACAGCAGAAGCGGCUCCUGGAGGAGCGGCUGCGGGAUCUGCAGAGGCUGGAGGCCAUGGAAGCCGCAGCGAUGGUCGACGAUUCUGGCUCAAGACUAGAGGGGGGCAGCGGCUCCACCUCAUCUUCUGGCUGCCACCCAGGAGGUGCCAGGGCCGGCCCCUCCUCAGCCUCCUCUUCCCCUGCUCGUGGGGGCAACCGCAGCCUCAGCCCCAGCUCGCAGACCUCAGGCUUCUCGGGCUCGCUGUUCUCGCCAGCCUCCUGCUCCAUCCUCUCAGGCUCAUCGAACCAGCGGGAGACUGGGGGCGUCCUGUCGCCCAGCACACCAUUCGGCGCUUCGAACCUCCUGGUGAACCCCCUGGAGCCCCAAAACGCAGACAAGAUCAAGAUCAAGAUCGCAGACCUGGGCAAUGCCUGCUGGGUGCACAAGCACUUCACUGAGGACAUUCAGACUCGGCAGUACCGGGCAGUGGAGGUGCUGAUUGGUGCAGAGUACGGUCCCCCGGCUGACAUUUGGAGCACGGCGUGCAUGGCCUUCGAGCUAGCCACUGGCGACUAUCUGUUCGAGCCUCACUCUGGAGAAGACUACAGUCGUGAUGAGGACCACAUCGCUCACAUUGUGGAGCUUCUGGGAGACAUCCCUCCCGCCUUUGCCCUCUCAGGCCGCUACUCCCGCGAGUUCUUCAACCGCAGAGGAGAGCUGCGGCACAUCCACAACCUCAAGCACUGGGGCCUGUACGAGGUGCUCAUGGAGAAGUACGAGUGGCCCCUGGAGCAGGCCACGCAGUUCAGCGCCUUCCUGCUGCCCAUGAUGGAAUACAUCCCGGAGAAGCGGGCCAGUGCUGCGGACUGCCUCCAGCACCCGUGGCUCAACCCCUAG